GAUCAAUAAGUGGAUCUAGUUAUCUCUGUGUUAAUUAAACUGUAGCAUGUCUUGCAUAUCUUUGCAACCAUAGAACGUAGCCAAGUUUUGUCUGCUUACCCGUUUUAUUGCAGACAUAUUUGGAAUUAGCGACCACAAUCUAAUGUACAGCCAAGAAGCUGUGGAGGCACCCGAGGGUUCUGCGGCGACUGAUCACGCUGCUAUUGAAGCUAGAGUUCUUCGAGCUCAGAAUUUAGUAGCAGCUGAAGCGGCACAAUCAGGACCAGGCCAGCCCGGUGGGGUAUAUCCCCCAGGGGGGAUCCCCACAAGUCAAGAAGGAAUGGCGUUACCCAAGGGUUUACUUCAUUCAGUGCCUUUAAGCGAGAGUAACAUGAAUGCUCGGCAGAAAAUUCAAGCAAAAAUCGACAGCGAAAGGUUCAUUAAGCCGACACCAAAGGAUACAACCAGGUUCCAGCCUAAGCAGGUUGUUAAGGCUCCAUCACCAACUACACUAGUAGAGUUUAUAGCGAUUGAUGAAGAACACGAAGGAGAGGAACUAGUGAAAGACUUUGCUUCUUUUCACAUCAGAAACGAAAGUCCUUCACCUGAAAUCGACUUGAAGACGACAAACAGUGGAGGAGACGAGGUUGAAGCUGAGGUGUCUGUACGUCAGUGUCCCUUGGGGGUACAUGUCUCCGAUCUCGUUCUGAUACAAAAAUGCGCAUGCGUAACAAGCAAAGAGGAACAUGAACAGUACGAGGCGUGUCUAAACAGCGCAAGGCAGCAAGAACUUGAUGGCAAGAUAGAAGACGCUCUAAUGGGGUACAUGGACGCGUUAGAACUGAUGGAUAGCGAACUUGAGCUCCAUUUGAAGAUUCUUAAGCUAGGGAAGAAAAUGAAUUUGCAUCCAUAGUUGAUCUUUGCGGACGAGAGUACAGGAAAAUCACCAAAGAUAGUUCAUGAGUGUAAUUACAGAAGUGAAUUUAUACCAAGUCUUCUGAUAUCUUCACCUUAUAUGUUUCAAGCAGCUUAAAAAUGCCUCAGGGUUCAGUGAAUCUUUAAAAUCUUGAAAGAUUUGCUUUAGUAAAUUCUGGACUGUAAGUCAAAUGAUAAUCGCACAACUAAGUUUUGGACUUUAAAGUUCAACCCAACUUAAAAGAGAUCAGGUGCCUUUAAUAGUAACAGAUUUUACAAGCUGAAAGACGACAAGGAGUCGGGUUUAAGGUCAAAAGCGCGCUAAAAAACUGGGUUCAGUUGAAAUUUCGCAGUAAAACGUUAAUUUGGUACGAAUUCGUUGGCAUUGUGCAAAAACAAAUACAGAGUUUGAGGAAAAUGUAUAGAGUUUUGUCAGACGCAUUUUCAAAGCAGGUUGUUUUACUUGAUAAAGAUCGCGAAAUGCUUACAAUUAUAGGAAAAGGAAAGAAUUCCUAUUAAGGUUAUUGUAAACUAAGAAAUGUUGAAAUCCUAUCGAGCCACAUAAAAAAAUUAAACCUGCGAACAGGCUCCCGGUGAGCCCGAACGAAGCGAGGGAGCUCCCCUGUCCCGCCCCGAUUGCUUCGCUCAUUCUUCUAUUUCGCGCUCGCCGAAUUUUUUUUUCCGUCUUCACCGGGAUCCUGUUCGCGGGCUAAAAAUAAUUUAAAACAGCACAAUGUCCGCGAAUCAGGCCAGGCAGAAUCGAAAGAUCGCUAGGUGCCGCGCAGAUGAUUUUAUGUGUUUAUAUGUUUGCCGACGGAAAAAAGCGAAGGAACAAAAGUAAAUUUUUAAAGCAAUCACACUGUUCAACUCCGAUCUGAGCGUUGGAAGAAUUGCUUUCACAAUGGAUGGGGGUUGAAUUAGUGAUUUUUUUCACCCUGGAAAUAUAGUUAAAUCGCGAGGAGUGGAUUCCUGCAACGAAGUGUUAUUACUACAUGAGCUACUUACUAGCAACUUGAAUAAAUACGUUGAGACACUUGUACUUGUGAUCUCUCCUGAUUUCUAUCACUUGCGCGGCUUUGGAAGAGUGCAACAGUACUUGAAUGAUAUGGCGGCGUGCCCGCCAGUUUGCCAAAGUUGAACUCAGAGGACUAAAGUAAAUUUGUUAUUCUCUUUUUUUUCAAAAGGUCCUUGACUAACAUCAAACAACCAUCAUGUAGAUAGAAUACUUACCGAGCUUUCUUUGGAACAGCAGAAUCCUGAGCAGAACGUAAAAACAUAGGAAAAGUAACUACCACUCCAACCAGCCUAUCUGAUUCGGCCAAUAUGUUGACUGUCGUACGGAUUGUGUUAAAGUAAACCAAUCAACACUUAAAAUAUUGCCGAUAUGUUUAAUUUUGACUCCAAAAUGACAGCACAAAGCACAAAGACAACACUUAACUUCAUUAUUACAGUACACCUUUGUUUGCCAACAAAUUUUCAUUUAUUAGUCACCUUGUGCGGCUAACAAAAGAUUUAUUAAUUUACACUCGCCACAUGGCCUAUGUGGUCGCCAUCAAACACGGUCCGGCCAAUGAAUUCCAGAAUGCACUGUAAAAAAUUCAAUUUUUUCCCAGCCAGGAAACUACAUUUCAGAACUUUUACCCAGCAAGUUUCGUGUGGAGGAAAAUUCCCAGUAAGGGUAUCACUGUCUUAGUUAAAUUCCCAGCCAGCUGAAUUUAAGACCGAGGAGUGGAUAAUUUGAGGAGCGGCUCCGUUGAUUACUCCUGACAUUGAAAUACAGCUGAACUCUACUUUCUCACGGGAAACGGAAGAUAGCAAGUGGCUGAAAAAGUAUAUUCAAGGGAAAAUGAUUUGAAUUCGACAUAGCUGGAAUUCUGUCUAGAUAACCCGGCGUGUUCAAGAUAGCGCGGCUAUACUGCUCUCACAAACAACGUCCUCUAUUGUAGACGCCAGCCACCUCUUGCCAAAAACGCGGCGGCGCUUAUUCAAAGAGUGUCAUUCCAAGUGAAAAUAUAAACCGAUGGAGGCUGCAUAAAUCUAUUUUGAUUAAAACAAUGACAUUUUCAACAAAAUUUGUUUUGUUUUGUUUUGUUUUGUUUUGCACCAGAAAUGUCUUUACCAAGUUGCUGCAAAAGCAGCUCAUUCCCUGACAAAGGCGCGAGCCUUCGAAUCUACAGUGCAUGCCAAAAGGUCGAAAAAUAUAACAAGCGCCGUAGUACUUUCUAGAGUAGUUAAAGUGACUAAUUAUGCCAAAUUGAAUAGUUUUGAAUUAAAAGUGUUUUUGCGGGAAGGAACUGAGGCCAAAUAGGAUAGGAUUCCGGAGCGAGUGGUUUGGGUUCCUACCCGGAUGGUCAGGUUUUUUUACUGUGCUCUAAAUUAAGAUGUGAAAGCACGGUGGCCUCAUGGUUAGUGCGCUCGUCCCCGGAUCGAGCGGUCCGGGCUCGAGCCCUGGCCGGGGACAUUGUGUUGUGUUCUUAAUCAACGCACGUUAUUCUCACAGUGCCUUUCUCUACCCAGCUGCGCACGUAUAAAUGGUACCGGUGAAUUUCUCUACUGGGUUUUAGCCCUGAGAUGGACUAGCAUCUCAUUCAGGGAGAGGUAGAAAUACUCCUAGUCGCUUAUGGCUACUUAUGGAAACCGGGAAAAACUCCAGCUGUAUGGACCUCUUAGAUUAACUCUACUGGAGGCAAGGUUUUUUCCCUUAGUGGACAUCAGACGACA